ACACGGGUUAUUUAGUUCGGCAUACGAUUUGCAAAUGGCGACAAUGUUCAAGAAACCUAAACGAAAUUUCCGUAGAAAAGUUGUUGCUGAUAGUGAUUCUGAUCAGGAAAAUGAAAAUAAACUCGCAGAAGCAGGGAAUGAAGAAAAUGGAAAUUUCAUGGACAUUGACGAUGAUUGCCCAGAUAUUUUGCGUGCACCACCGCCACUGCCAUUGCCACCACCACCACCACCACCGAUUCCGGAGUUAAAGAAAGUUAAAAAAAAGAAACGUGAAAAAGAAUUAGACUCUUCGAAAGUCAAACCGCUUAGUUUUGACACGGAGGAAGAUGGUGACACUGAAGUGUUUAAGGUCAAGAAAUCUAGUCACAGUAAACGGAUUGCCAAACAGCUGAAGAAGGAGAGCCUGAAGGAGAAGAAGGAGGAAGAUCCAGAUAGCCCAAAGAAAGAAGAGAAGGAAACUAAGGAAGAGCCCCAGGAAAUAGCUGAAGAAAAACUGAAGAAACUUCGAGAAGAGAUCAGAACUUUGAAUGGCGAUGAGGAUGAGGAUGACGACAGUGAUGAGGAUGGAAAAAUGGUCUUUAGGUCAAUGUUGGCAAGAGGUGAGAUUCCAGAUGCGCGGACCAUUCACAUGAUACGAAAACAACGGCAGAUGGCUCGAGAACUGGGAGAUGAAAUUCCUCUUGAAGAACCAGAAGCUCCUAACAAAACAACUGCUAGACUUGUCAGAGAUGAUGAGCAUGACCGCAGUGAUGAGGAAGACAGGAUAGACUUCACCAUCGACACAGCUGCUCGUGAUCUUCAGCGGAUGAGAGACGACUUUUUAGCAGCAGAGCAUGGGAGUGACAACGAAGGAAGUGACCGAGAGAUCCAGGAGUGGGAAGCCCAGCAGAUCAGGAAGGCAGUGACCGCAGCCAACAUACAGCAGGUGUCAUCUAGCCAGGAUGAGUAUGAAGCAAAGACAAGUUCCCCACAGAACUACUCUAUAUUCAGCAAUGGGGAUUCCCAGAAGACCAAAUUUGAGCCGUUCCAGGCCUUGUCCAAGACAGCUGACGCCUCCCAGCUGACAAUUGAAGCCAUCAGGAGGCGAAUGCAAGAGAGGCUCCACAUAAUGGAUGAGGUUUACAGGAGUCAUAAGAUGGAACGAGACAGAUUGGCAACUGAGUUUGUGGACACCCAAACUUGCAUAGACGAGUGUGAAGGGAAAUGCAGCAGUUUGGGGGAACGCUAUAAGUUCUUCCAAGAAAUGAGGGGGUAUGUGAGAGACUUGGUUGAGUGUCUAAACGAGAAGGUGCCCCUGAUUAACGACCUGGAGACUCGCAUGCUUCACUUACUGAAACUGCGAGCUGAGAAUCUGCUGCAGCGGCGGCAGCAGGAUGUCCGAGACCAGUGUCAGGACUACAUGACAAGUAAGGCAGCAUCCAAGGUUAUAAUGGCUGGAAAUGAGGAACAGGCGAGACAGCGGCGUGUAGCUGAGCGGGAAGCACGGAGAUCGCGUCGGCGCCGUGCUCGAGAAGCCAAAAACAUUCGCGGUCACCAUGAUGGUCUCUCUUCUGAUGAUGAAGAAAGUCAAACUGAUAUCUCUAAGUUCACUAUGGAGAAAGACUCCAUUGUGACAAGUGCUAGGACCUUGUUUGAAGACGUGGUGGAAGAUUUCAGUGAGGUUGACUGUAUCCGCAGUCAGUUCGAACAAUGGAAGUUCAGCUAUGGGGACUCCUACAGGGAGGCUUACAUCGGACUGUGUCUCCCUAAACUGUUCAACCCUCUCAUCAGAUUGCACACUUUAAAGUGGAAUCCAAUCGAGGAGAACUGUGGUGACUUUGAAGAGAGUCAGUGGUACGCUUGUCUGGUUUUUCUGGGUCUCCAUAAUGAAGAGGAUGAGGCAUCCAUAGAAGAUGAUGACGUUAAAUUAUUACCAGCAAUUGUGGAUAAAAUAAUUUUACCAAAACUCACAAGGCUUGUAGAAACAGUUUGGGACCCAAUGUCAACAAUACAGACCUCAAGACUAGUGAACCUCAUACAGCGACUGAUCCGCGACUACCCCACUGUCAGUGGAGAGGCCAAGAAUACUCAGGCAUUACUGAAGGCCAUUUCUAACAGGAUGAAGAAAACACUGGAUGACGAUGUCUUUAUGCCUAUGUAUCCAAAAAAUGUUCUGGAGAACAGAUCUGCCGGCCCAGCUGUCUUCUUCCACAGACAGUCCUGGACGUGUAUCAAGUUGCUAGGCAACAUCCUGUCAUGGUAUGGAAUCCUGGCGGAUCAAGUGUUACAACAGAUAGCCUUUGAUGGGCUGCUCAACAGAUACAUCAUCCUCAGUCUACACACCGGCUUCUGUAACAAGGAUGCACUGGAGAAGACGAACGCAAUCAUCUCCACACUACCCAAGGCCUGGUUCACCAGUGCAGACACGGACAAGACGAUGCCCCAGUUGGAGCCUCUAUGUCGCUACCUCAUGCUGUUUGCUGACACCAUGCACAAGUCCACGAUGUUGGCAGCCGAUACAGAGAGGCACGAGGGCAGAGAAAAUAUUAAACAAGUGAGCAAGAUGUUUGUGAACAUCCAUGCUCUGGAUCAUGCUAUAUUCCUCUCAAAUGAGUACAGCUUCAAGAUCUCAUAGUUGAGUGCCCUGUGGAGUGUAAAUCAUAGCUGCAACAUGACAACAGAGACGAAUUUCUCACCAAAAACCUCAAGCCUCACUACUUCAUGACCAGUCAUCCUGUUCGGCUGGGUGGAAAAGGGAUUGGAGUGUCCAUUAAGUCAUUGUUAUGGGCUCCUUUCUGUGUUUUAGUUACAAGUUUUAUGUAAGUGUUAGUGUUAGAAACCGAGACACAUCUCAGUGAAAACACUUGCAUGGAAUGGUCUCCUUUGUAUCUGUCUGUAUUCUUGCUUCUUGGACAGUGACAGUUAGCUUCAUACCCCUGAUGUAAAUGGAAGAUUCUGGCACAUAUAAAACACCUUUGACCAUCACAAACAGAAAACAACCAAACAGUCCUCACGACUUUCCCAACUUUGAAUAAGCUAAAUGUUACUUUUUAAAGCCAAAUAUGUUGCAAUGUGAAAUUUGAAAACGAUAGUCUAGUAUUCCUGUGGGCCCUGAUGUGGUGUGUGCCCAAUGUGGUCCCUGUCCACAACCGAUGGGAACUGUCUUCAUCCUUGUUUGAAUUGGUGCGUGUGGAGAAGGAUCUUCAUGGUAGUUAAAUAAUCACUUCCAAUAUUGACUACAAGUCUGUUAUCACAUGAAUAUAGCCACUGCAGAUCUGACGAGAGAUUACAGCAGCACAUACAGGUAGCUUUGGCAGAUUUACAGAUGAGAAGAAGAAAUAACUGUUAAUUACAACCACAAUAAUUAUAACAUGCUAUGAUUGCAAAUGUUCAUCUAUGUUAUCACAUGUCAUUGUCUUGAUGUGGGGAUUACAAGUACAUACAGUAUGCCUAAGAUUAGCCCUUCACUCUGUGGGUAUACGGGAGGUUUGGAAUUUCAUUAAGGUCCGCUGAACCAGGAAAGUAGAUUACUGAAAUCCAAUCAUAUUCUUGUCUUUGUUGUCCUAUUGAAAGCUGUGUCUUCCCUGUCACUUGUUGCUAUAGUCGCAGCAUCAGGAGUCAGCAAGGAUGAUGGUUCCGAAACCUGAUGAAACAAACAUUUCAGACUUAGAAUUACAGAUGUUCACAUAUCAAAACAUGACCCUAAGAUAUAGUACUGCUGUUUUGGGACAGAGUACCUCCAUGUACAGAUAUUGUGUUUUCUGACAGUGUUUUGAGGGGAUAACCAUUGUUAAACUGACUUGAUUUUACUCAAUAUCUUUGGUCGGGUAUUAGCUUGCGCUUUGAUGAAAUCCAGCUUCUUCAACAUGUCCAGUUUUCAUGUCUCAUGUUAUGACCUUACUAUUGAGAUGGCUGUUAUAAGUGAACAAAAUAUAUCUUUACAGCCUGUCAUUUAGAGUAAAACAUAUUAAAAUGGAAAUUGUUCUGAAUGAUUGACUUGUGAUGUGUUACUUAUGUGUAUUAUCUAACAAUCACUUCAGUGAUAUUUAUUAAUGUUGAAUCAAAGGUUUGUGAGCAGGUUUUCCUCCAGUGAGGACCAACAGUUAGCUGUGAUGUAAAUGCUUUGUCUGUACAGCCAACUGUGAUGUAAGUUGUGGUGAAAGAGUGACACAAGUAAGAAAUGGUCUCACCUGUUUGCAUUUCCACUUGAAGUAAACAUUGUUUUCAUA